UCAGCUUCCGUAUCCCCGCCCACCCUCACCUCACUGAGGUGCAUAUGCCCUCCGCAUCUCUCUUCAAUCCUUCCUUUUGCUCAUACUUGGUCAUCAUCCUCUCCCUUUUCCUCUCGCAAUUGACACGACAAUUUUCAACUUGUCUAAUCUUUCAGUUCACAAACACAUAACCUCACCAACGCCAUCAUGACCUCCAGCCUGGCUUCGUGCAUCUUUUGCAAGAUCAUCAAGGGCGAGAUUCCCUGCUUUAAGCUCUUUGAGAGCGAAAAGACACUCGCGUUCCUCGACAUCAACCCCCUCAGCCGCGGCCAUGCUCUUGUCAUUCCCAAGCACCACGGUGCCAAGUUGUCUGAUAUUCCCGACGAUCAGCUCAGUGAAGUUCUCCCUGUUGUGAAGAAGCUCGUCGCCGCUACCGGUGCCACCGAUUACAACAUUCUUCAAAACAAUGGCCGUAUCGCCCACCAAGUCGUCGACCACGUGAGUGUUCCUCCUUUAUUCAUCCACCUUCCUAUUCAUCAUGGCUAAUUAUCAUAGGUUCACUUCCACAUGGUAACACU